AUGGCGCAGCCAGUGCUUUCUUCGGAUGAUUUCAGAGCCUUGGAACAAACCCGUCAACGACUCCAUCAACUUACCAAUAAUAUUGCAUCUCUUAAACAAGACGUAGUCCAAAUCUUGCCGCUACCAGAAUGGCAUUCCCUCCAGGCCUCAGCCAUGAUUCUCGCGAGUAACAUCCAAGCCCUCACUACACAUCUCUCAAAACAUGCCGACCUGUUAAAUCGUACGGUCGUCUAUCCAUCAACUAACUAUCCUGGUCGUACACAGGAGGGUUUAUUAGGUCAGCUACUACGCAAAAAGCUUGAACCUGGAGUUGAAGGUUGGGAAGAAAAGGGGAAAGAAGAUGGUGAGAUCAUGGAUGACCAAGCUGAAGAAGAAUUGCGCUUUUGGGCAGCAGAUUGGAUUGCGGCUCGAGUGGCCAAGUAUGCUCUAGAGGAGGCUGGUGACGAGUUUACGGUAGAGGAACGAGAGAGUGGCGUAGAUUCUAUUCGAACUGGGCUGAAAGAGGAAGAAAGUAGGCAUCAAGGUGACAACCGGAAGUUUGGUUUGAUUGAGGUUAAAAAUAAUGGUUCCCAAGCUAGGUCAUCAAAUGAACUACUUAGGGUUUCGACACAGGGAAUCGUCCCCUCCGUAAUACCACUUAAAGAGAAAUAA